AUGCAGGCAACAGGUACUCUUAGAAAGGCAAGCAUACCUAAAAACUGCAAUUUCAAAACUGACAAUGAGUUGAGAAAACAAGGACGUGGUUCUUCGGAUCAACUCGUUCGCAGUGACGGUAAUGUGGCAUGUCUAAAGUGGUUUGAUAACAAACCAGUAAUAAUGGCAUCAUCUGUUGAUUCCAAAGAACCCAUCAACAAAUGCAGACGUUGGUGUAAAAAAACUAAACAGUAUAUCCAAAUUGACAGACCAUUUGCAAUAGAGCAAUAUAAUACCAUGAUGGGCGGUGUAGAUAUGUUGGACAGGGUCAUCAGUUUUUACAGAAUUAGAGCACGUUCCAAAAAAUGGACUGUUCGUCUGAUUUUCCACUUCUUUGAUUUUGCGGCAGCUGUUGGAUGGCUUGUAUACAGGAAUGAAGCUAAAUUGUUAGAAUGCCCUAAAAAAAACAUUUUGGACUACUUGGAGUUCAAAGUGCAAAUUGCAAAUUCAUUACUUUAUUUUACACCAGCGAGGGAACAAAUACACAUAAUUCAUGAAGUAGAUUCAGACGAUUCAACAGAAGAAGCACAACCUUGGAGCCGUAAGAAAGAAAAUAUAUACCUCAACCUCCAGUUCAACUGA